AUGUCGUCGCCAAACGAGAAAAUGGAUGUCGACCAAUCACCUCAGCAUCGCUCAACCAAAAGCUCGAACAGGUCACCGUCCCGGGAAGACAGAGAUAGGGACAGAGACAGAAAGGAACGUCGUCGGGACAGAGGAGACGAUGAUAGAAGGCGGCGGAGCAGAAGUCGAGACAAGUACAGUGACCGAAGCCAUCGCGACAGGGAUCGUUCUCGGGAUCGUCUGAGGGACAAGGACAGGUCCGACCGGGACAGGGAUCGUGACCGCCGUCGAGACAGGGAUAGAGAUAGUGAUAGAGGCCAUCGCAGCUCCCAUAGCGGUCGUGACCGAGACUAUGAUCGUGACCGGGACAGGGACAGGGAUAGAGACGACAAAGACAGAGAUCGCCGUCGUAAGCGGGGUGACGACGACUACUCUGACAGAGGUGGAGACGACCGCGCAAAGCGAAAGCGCUCCGACGAUGAUGACGAACAGCCUCAGCCACCCAACGGUGCACCCCCACCGCCGCCGCCUGCACGGGACAGCCCUCGUCCUUCCGACCGCAGAAAUGGUCGGGACGACUACGACGCCUCUCCGCGAUACAGGGACCGUGACCGCGACCGCCGUGACAGACGUCGACGGGAUUACGACGACAGGGACAGGAGCAGACGAACCAGGAGUCCUAUGCCACCUCGAAGGCGACACUCUCCCAUCUAUACCGGUCCUCCUCCUGAUGAUUACAACCCAGAUGAGCCCAAAGACGAUGACUCCGAAGCCCGUUCUGUCUUCGUUUCACAGCUUGCCGCUCGGUUGACCGCGAGGGAUCUAGGUUAUUUCUUCGAAGACAAGCUCGGAGAAGGUACAGUCAUGGAUGCAAGGAUCGUAACUGACCGUCUCUCUCGUCGUUCUAAAGGAAUUGGAUACGUUGAGUUCCGCUCCAUUGAUCUUGUGGAAAAAGCCAUAGCUCUGUCAGGAACUAUCGUCAUGGGCCUACCUAUCAAUGUUCAAUUAACCGAGUCGGAAAGGAACAAGAGCCAUGCUGGCGAUGGGAGUCUCCACCUUCCUCCAGGAGUCACAGCAUCUGGCGCCAUUCUUUACGUUGGGUCCCUACACUUUAACCUCACAGAAUCGGAUAUCAAACAGGUCUUUGAGCCUUUCGGAGAAUUGGAAUUCGUGGACUUGCACAAGGAUCCUAUGACCGGUAGAAGCAAAGGCUAUGCGUUUGUCCAGUACAAGAGGGCUGAAGACGCACGCAUGGCCUUGGAGCAAAUGGAAGGCUUCGAACUCGCUGGGCGAACUUUGCGUGUCAAUACCGUGCACGAAAAGGGAUCUGUUCGAUAUACCCAAACUGAUUCUUUGGAUGAUUCAGGGGGUGCUAACUUGAACGCUGCUUCCCGUCAAGCGCUGAUGCAGAAACUUGCUAGGACUGAGCAACCCGUGGUACCAGCAGAGCCAGUUAAACCCAUUAUCCCUCAAGCUAUGCAGUCCAGAUCGGUGCUCCUCAAGAACAUGUUUAACCCUGAAGAGGAAACGGAACAGAACUGGGAUAAAGACUUGGCGGAUGAUGUUAAAGGCGAGUGCGAAAACAAGUAUGGCAAGGUCCUUGCUAUCAAAGUUGAAAAGGACUCUCAGGGAGAAAUUUACGUCAAAUUUGACACCGUUGACACUGCUAAAUCAGCUGUUCAGGGUCUCAACGGUCGUUGGUUUGGAGGACGUCAAAUAUCUGCCAACUUCAUCUCGGAUGCGAUCAUGGCAGCCCACCAGUAGGGUUCCAAGCAAUUCCUGGGCAUCCGAUGCUCGACAUCCCGCCAUAAUACUGAAUUACUUUGGAAUGUUUUGCAGAUCACUACAUUAAACAGUUUCUUUUCUAUUAUGCAUGCGUCGAUUACUUGGACAGAUCCCCUUACCCAAAUUUCGGACGAUUCUUCCCCUCCAGAAGCCAGGUCAA